GCCAACUCACUAUCUCGAAAUCCCCCGCCGACUUUGCCCCAAGCAGCUCGUCGUUGUCACCUUGGAAUAUCUCUAUGUGACCCUUGCAACAAUCUACUACCACAUAUCCGAGCAUAUGUCGGUGCAGCAGAUCGAGCGACUCAAAGAUGAGGGCACGAGACAACAAGUCGUCAUUGCGGGAGGUGUAGCAGGACUCGUGUCCCGAUUCUGCAUCGCACCCCUUGACGUGGUCAAGAUCCGACUUCAGCUACAACCACACUCUCUAUCGGAUCCACUGUCUUGUGAUGGCAUCAAAGGCCCAAUCUAUAAGGGUGCCUUUCGGACCUUAGCCAAAAUCGCCCGGCAAGAGGGCAUUCGGGCCUUAUGGAAAGGCAACAUCCCCGCCGAGGCUAUGUAUGUCGCGUAUGGUGGAAUCCAAUUCACUGCGUAUCGUUCCAUCACGCAAGCUCAAGGGCUCCUACCUCUGAGAGCUCCUCCAUCCGUGGAAUCUUUUAUCAGUGGCGCCGGUGCCGGCGCCGUUGCUACUGCAGCCACUUACCCGUUGGAUCUUCUUCGCACCAGAUUUGCUGCUCAGGGUCAGGAGCGCAUUUAUGCGGGUCUUUGGCAUUCGGUUCGGGACAUUUCUCGUUAUGAAGGCCCCAAAGGCUUUUUUCGCGGUCUGAGCGCUGCUCUCGGGCAGAUUGUUCCCUACAUGGGCCUUUUUUUCACAAGCUACGAGUUUCUACAUCAAUACAUUGGGGGCAAGACCUUGCCAUUUGGCUCUGGAGAUGCAACUGCUGGAGUAUUUGCCAGCGUUUUCGCAAAGACUGCGGUUUUUCCGCUUGACCUGGUCCGAAAACGGUUGCAGGUCCAGGGACCAACUCGAACUAGAUACAUUCACACCAACAUCCCAGAGUAUCAAGGUGUUAUUCGUGGGCUUGCGGCCAUCUGGAAACGAGAAGGCUACCGUGGCUGGUACCGUGGUUUAACCGUCAGUCUUCUAAAGGCAGCACCAGCUUCGGCGGUUACCAUGUGGACCUAUGAAAGGGUUUUACAUUCGCUCAUAAAUUCCGACCGAAAUGACGAGAUGUGGGAAAUGUAUACUGGCUUUGACGACGAUCUUGAUGACUGAGACCUAGCAGACAUUAAAAUGAUACCUAUGCGAUCUUCGACUCCUACAAAUUAUGCAAGGACGGGUUGGCGGCCCGGGCAGUCAGACAGUGUUGCCUCCGAAAGUUCGAUUAAGGAGUCCUCAGCACUCACGGACGGCACCUUAAACCUGCAUACGUUUUCGAAAGCUAUGUGCUUCGCGAGCACUGCCUUCUCGGCAGAUGCACAACAGAAGGUGCAUAACUCCAAGAGAUGUGAUUACUACCACUACCGGUACUAUCUCCCAAAUCUCAUUUCUGCUCCAGCAUAUCUCCACAGACCCCUCAGGAAACCUUGAUACUCCACUCUGGUGCUCUCACUCCCACUCACAUCGGCCCCUGAAUCACCCACGCAGAAUAUCUCACUCAGUCGAAUCUGCCAUGGUGGAUAGCCAUCGAGUUUGACCAGUGGCCCAAAUAUGAUAACUAGGUCGGGCUCUCCCGUCAAGCCGUCUUUCUUGGAAUCUGGUCUCGAAUCCGUCAGAGACGUGGUUGCGCUGAUUUCUGUGUUGAUCAAAUUCGAGGUUAUAUCCUUGGGAUUGAGUUUACGCGACUGAGCCAUCUCUGCCAGGGUCUUGGUCAGAUCGACAAGAGUCUCGCGGCCGUCAGUAGCGGAGAGGAGGAGAAGAUCAAUGUGCGGUCUACUCGGUUGUGUUGAACCUGCACCAUUUGUCUGUGCUGGGAGACGCGGCGAGGGUGCUGGAGAGGCGGCCAUCGACGGGUGAUUGGGUGCCAGAACUCGCAGGGUCGGGGUUGCUGGCGGGGCUCCAUAGUAUGAGACCAACUUCUGAUUCACGAGUGUUUCCAGGGAGGAGAUGUAUGUCUUCAGGAUGCCAGACUUCUCGUAUAUACUUAAUACAGGAAUGCCUGCAGAAGCUGACCAGACAGUCAACUCUGCC